AACCAAAUACCUUUCGGCCUUGUCAGUCGUGGGGCAUUUCUGCUCAUUUCGAGGUGAUUGGAAUGCUAAAAGAUUUGUACCUGAUAUAAGAAUACCUUAGACUUGAUAAAAAGCAUUUUAUUAUUUUUUCGCCAACUUAACCAAUAUUUACGAGUCUUGUUUCACAUGUUUUCAAAAGUGAAAUCUAUUACGGUUAAGGCAAUACAUAUUUGUAUCUGAAGUUACAUUGAGUAUGUUUUCUUUUUUACGGCUUCCUGUGCUUGUUCCUAGAUCUUGACUUCAGGCGGGACAACUUUGGGUUUAACGCUAAGUUGUAGAAUUCUAAUCAACGUUGAUCACUGGAAAUUCGAGUUGUAAGCCGACUGAAGUUUAACGUAUUUUCGACGUAUCAGUAAGAAAAUCUAAAAUCCGCAGGUUUCAAUGUUGGAACUAUGUUUAUAAGAGGCAAACAUGCUUCAUUUGUCUUUUGACGAGGAAACGUUUUGAAUUUUAUAUCCCAUAUAUGUAAGACCACAUUUAGAGUACUGUAUCCAAGCAGCUAGCCCGUGUCUGGUAAAAGAUGCUAACUCCCUUGAGCGUGUCCAGCGUGUGGGAACGAAAUUAGUGGAGGGUCUUUCUAGACUCCCUUACGAUGAGCGUUUAAAACGCCUAAACCUUUUCCCCUUGUCGUAUCGUAGGACACGAGGUGACCUUAUACUGGCAUUUCGUAUCUUUAAUUAUGAUUUGGGUGUUAAUAUGUCUUAUUUUUUUGCUCCCUCCAGCACUAAUAAUCUCCGAGGUCAUAGCAAGAAGGUUCAUAAACCAAGAUCUGAUAAACUUAAAGUGGGGUCUUGUUUUUCUCAUCGAGUAAUCAAUGAUUGGAACGCCUUACCCGAACAAGUGGUAUCAGCCCCAUCAGUGAAUACUUUCAAGGAGAAGCUGGACCUUCACUGGAAAGCAAUGUGUCAGGAUUAACACAGGUUCAUCAACCUACUACCCUUAUUACUGAAAACUGAAGGUCCUUCCAGUGAUGUAUAACAUGUAUAAAGUUACUCAUCCCCGUUACCAUAAUUUUGAAUAGCAUUCUAGAAGCGAUGUCGUACAGGAUAUUCGUUAACUUAUGUUAAUCAGUGACUUGCUUACACUGUUCCAGCACAGACUAAAUAAAAUGUAAAUGUAGAACAUUACCGGAUGUUGUGCUUAUGUUCCCCACUGGAAAAUGUGUUUAUGAACAAGCAUAUUGGUAGUUGAUAGAACUUCGAUAGAUAGAAUCUUUUUGUAAGGGUACAACUUAUUUUUGGACUCAGAAUCACUGCAUAAAUCCAGCUGUAUAAAGUCGUGAUAAGUUCAGUUAUGUUCUGCCAGCCUAAACUGUGGUGUGCUUAAUGGCUGUGCCCGACAACUAUUCCCGUAGCAUUCAUAAAGUCUGGUAAAAAUAAUCAAAUUGUGGUUAUAUGUUCAUGACAGGCCACUUUUCAAGUGAAUUUGGUGAGUCGGAUUUAUCAUCUAAUCAGUUUAAGUCACUGUGUUUGUAACCCUGACAAAAAUAUGAUUCGAAAUUCAGAAAACAGAUAAGUUGGUUUAAAUUAACUUCAUUUCUACUGGCAUAAACAUACUCUUGUCUUUCAUAUAGCGGCUUUUGAAAUAUUUUGGAAAAUACAAAUCAUGUGAUACUAAAUACAAUAUAUCAAAUCGGUACAUCCGAGUAAAAAGGAAUUGUCACGAUCUAAAGCUCGAAUAAGUUGAUAGUUCGCUUGGGCAGUUUAGCUGAGAAGGUUGGUUCAGUACUCAACGAUUUUUGUUCAUUCGUUUUGUGUGCUAAGAAUUGUAACAUUAAGUGCGUUUGCAUCUUACAGUUUAUUGCCUUCUCAAGUCAUCCUCUCCCGUCUAUUAAUCGAAGGAUAACCUUUUAUGUGCGUAUUCACUUUCCUGCCCGUAAUCCUCAUAUUUUGUACGUUUAUCCUGUGUAUAUAGUUCAACGUUGCAGUAUGCUGUCCUUACGAGCUUUGAAGACCUUGCGACUUCAGUACAUCACUCGGAAGUGUUUAUAUACUUCAGCAUUACGCUAUCAAAACCCUACCUCCAGUGAACCGUUUUUAAAUGGAACUUCAUCCAAUUAUUUAGAAGACAUAUAUGAAGCAUGGCUUCGAAACCCUGAUAGUGUGCACAAGUCAUGGGACAUUUAUUUUAAAUGUUUAGCUUCUGGAGCUACCCCAGGAAAUGCUUACAUUCAACCACCUACUUUGGGUAAAGAAGGUUUGAAAUUGGCACAGUUAGCCCCACAAAUCGCUGCACAGGCAGUGACACCGAGUCUUAAAGCUAUUGAAGACCACCUCUGUGUUCAGGCCAUAAUCCGUUCGUAUCAAUCUCUAGGUCAUCGCAUCGCCGAUCUUGACCCAUUGGGGAUAUUGUCUGCCGAUCUGGAUGAUUCUAUACCCCCCGAGUUGUCGUUGAGUUUCUACAACCUUGGUAGGUUGAUCUUAAGAGCGGUUUUAUUUAUCUUUGAACAGUUUUAUUUUUGCCAUGUUUUAUAUUGAUUUUUCACGUGUCUCGUAUGUAUUAGAUGCGUGGUCAUCUUGCUGCGCAUCUAGAUCCUUUAGGUAUUACGUCUCCAGAACCCGGCAUAGCCAGACAUAUUGUUUAUCAAAGGUACCUAGGUGAUAAAAGCGAGCCCGACCUGGAUAAGACGUUUAGGCUUCCACCUACUACACAUAUCGGAGGUGAUAAGCAGGAACUUACUCUACGAGAAAUCAUUAGGCGUUUAGAGAAUGUUUACUGCAAACAUAUUGGUAUUGAGUAUAUGUUUAUUAAUAGUUUAAAUAAAUGUGAUUGGAUAAGACGUAAAUUUGAAACACCCGGUUCAAUGGAUUUAUCAAUUGAAGAGAAACGUUUAAUAUUAGCCCGUCUUGUUCGUUCAACGCGUUUCGAAUCAUUUUUAGCAAAGAAAUGGAGUUCAGAAAAACGUUUUGGACUUGAGGGAUGUGAAGUUUUAAUACCAGCAAUGAAAGCUGUCAUUGACUCUUCGUCUGCGCUUGGUGUUGAAAGUUUUGUGAUUGGAAUACCACAUCGUGGAAGGUUAAACGUUCUAGCCAACGUUUGUCGUAAACCUUUGGAUGAUAUAUUUUGUCAGUUCGACUCUAAAUUGGAAGCUUGUGACGAAGGUAGUGGUGAUGUGAAAUAUCAUUUAGGCAUGAGUCAUCAACGAUUAAAUCAUAUGACAGGCAAGAUGAUUAAUCUUGCAGUAUGUGCUAAUCCAAGUCACUUAGAAGCUGUUUGUCCGGUCGCUCAAGGUAAAACCAAGGCUGAACAAUUUUAUCGGGGUGAUAGUGAUGGAAAGAAAGUUAUGUCGAUUUUAAUUCAUGGAGAUGCAGCAUUCAGUGGUCAAGGUGUUGUUUAUGAAACUUUCCAUCUUAGUGAUCUACCUUCUUAUACAACUAAAGGUACCAUUCAUAUUGUCGUUAAUAAUCAGAUUGGUUUUACCACUGACCCUCGUAUGGCUCGUUCAUCACCAUACUGUACUGAUGUUGCUCGGGUAACGAAUUCACUUAUUCUUCAUGCAAAUGCUGAUGAUCCUGAAUCAGUCAUGCAUGUUGCAAAAGUUGCUGCUGAAUGGCGAUCUGAAUUCGGAAAAGAUGUUGUAAUUGACCUUGUCUGUUAUCGCCGUUCAGGUCAUAAUGAAAUGGAUGAGCCAAUGUUUACUCAACCACUUAUGUAUAAACGUAUUCGUGAACAACCAACUGUAUUAGAACAAUAUAGUAAGAAGUUAAUUGAUAGUGGAAUUGUCACUGAACAGGAAUUUAAGGACGAAGUGGCUAAAUAUGAUCAGAUAUGCGAAGAUGCUUAUGAAUUAGCUAAAAAACGGACAGUUACACAUAAUCGUGCUUGGAUUGAUUCUCCAUGGCAUAAUUUCUUCGAAAAUAAAAAUCCAAUGUAUUUACCUAAUACAGGAGUCGAAAACGAUGUCUUAGAACAUAUUGGUCAUGCAAUUAGUGAACCUCCUGAAGGUAUGAUUAUUCAUCCAGGUUUGAAACGUGCACUCAAGGAGCGCAAAGAUUUAUUAGAACAGAAAACAGCUAAUUGGGCUCUUGGUGAAUUGUUCGCUUAUGGAUCAUUGCUACGAGAGGGUGUUCACGUUAGACUAUCAGGUCAAGAUGUGGAACGUGGAACGUUUUCACAUCGACAUUGUGUUUUACACGAUCAGGAAGUCGAUAAGAAAACAUAUGUUCCGCUUAACCAUCUCUAUCCUACACAAGCACCAUUUACUGUAUGCAACUCGAGUUUAUCUGAAUACGCAGUAAUGGGCUUUGAGUUGGGUUACUCAUUGACAAACCCUGAAGCUCUCGUUAUAUGGGAAGCUCAGUUUGGUGAUUUUAACAACACUGCUCAAUGUAUAAUUGAUCAGUUUAUUUCUUCUGGUCAACAAAAAUGGGUACGUCAAUCAGGAAUAGUUCUUUUGCUUCCACAUGGUUAUGAAGGUAUGGGUCCAGAACAUUCUAGUGCACGUAUCGAACGAUUCUUGCAGAUGAGUAAUGAUGAGGAAAAUCAUGUCCCUGUUUAUAGUGAUAAUUUUGUCAUGCAACAGUUACAUGAUACAAAUUGGAUUAUUGCAAACUGUACUACACCAGCGAAUUUCUUCCAUAUUUUACGACGACAAAUUCUGCUACCGUUCCGUAAACCACUGAUUGUCUUCACUCCCAAGUCAUUAUUACGCCAUCCGGAUGCAAGAUCGCCGUUCUGUGAUAUGCUUCCAGGCUCAGAGUUCCAACGCUAUAUUCCUGACAGUGGUCCAGCUUCACACAAACCUGAAAAUGUGAAAAAAUUAAUUAUUUGCAGCGGCAAAAUUUAUUAUGAAUUAGAUAAAGAACGCAGAUCGAUUAAUCGAGAGGCAGAUAUAGCUAUUAGCCGAGUAGAACAAUUGACUCCUUUUCCAUAUGAUUUGAUUCAACAAGAUUUAGAACGUUAUCCAAAUGCUGUUAUUCAGUGGGUACAAGAGGAGCAUAAAAAUAUGGGACCAUGGAGUUAUGUACAACCAAGAGUUAAUCAUUUAAUAUUUAGAACAAUGCCUAAUCGUCUUCACAAUAAAAUUUUAUAUGCCGGUCGACAACCUAGUGCUGCUACAGCUGCUGGGAAUAAGGCAAUGCACUUGAUGGAGAUCUCUCAUUAUUUGAAAAAUGCCCUGUCAUUAUCUUAGUUUUGACAGUUCCGUAAAGAUUUAUUUCGCUCUUAUAUAAAGUUUAUUAAUUAACUGAUUCUCUGAGAGACUUCUUUUAAUUGUCUUUUAGUUUACCCUAUUUGUCAUUUUGUCUCAAUUUCAUCAUUAUUUAUCUUAACACUUGUUGUUGUACGUGUAGUUGAUUAGAACUUAUCGCACUGAAUUGAAUGAAGAUAUUUCAACUAUAUGUAAUAUUGAAUUUCUCUGCUGUUAAUUAGUUGCUUUAUGUAGUUGAUUCCUUUCAUAAGUAGUUAACACACCAUUCAUUUUCCUAAAUUUAAUAAUGUCCUUCAAGUUCAUUAACAAAUUAGAAAGUAUCGACGUCCU